AUGGGCGCGCGGCUCGCGGCCCUCUGCCCUGCAUCUCGAGGCAUUCAUAAUGCCGAAAGGACAACGAACGUUGUCCCCGAGCAGUAUCUUGAUAGGUCUCUAAAAGAGCCGGUCGAGGCGUUGGGCGCGUCGGAGAGAUGCGUGUGGAGAUUGCAGCCCAUGCAUCGAUCGAUGAAACUGUGUGUUCUAGAUUGCAAGGACGUGUUCGGAGGCAGCGUCGACGACGACGACGACGACGACGACGACGACGACGACGACGACGAGGAGCAGGCCGAGGAACAGCGAAUUGGAUCUCCGCUUGAAGGGCGAGCCGCAGACCAAGGACGCCGGUCGUAG